UCUACUUGUAAGUCGAACUUUGCUCUCGAUGAUUGCUGCUGUCAGGGUUACGUGAAACGCGUGAAUGACCAUGCAAUGGUUGGAAAACCUAAAGCUGUCAUUGGUUUAACCAAGAUCCCUUUAUGUUUGUCUUUAAACACGAUGGAAUCUGCGAAUGAUGCGGAGAUUUAUGUCUAUAGCGUGACGGCAAAUCUAGACCCGGAGGAGUUUUAUCAUAGGAAUGUCGGGAAAGAACUGUACAUGUCUGACCAAUCAACACCUGUCAAUAACAUAUUUGUUUUUCGAAUACAAAUUUCGAUAGAAAACCAAUGUUAUUGGAAAGACGUGUAUCGAUUCAGAACAAAAACGAAAGAAAACCGUAAACAACAAUAUAUAUCAGCUAUCAAGCUUGAAGCACAGCAAGCUGAUAUAAAAGACCUGCAAAUCGAACGACUGACAACGUACAGGGGAGACAUCGCGUAUUCUUGGCAGUUGAAUAACGAAUCAGAUGAAUCGGUCGAAAGAUAUGAUGAGGGAGAUGUUGUCGGAAUAUUUCCCAGCAAAGAUCGUGAUAAAACAUAUCUUGACUUGCUAACUCCCAUAAACUACAACGGCGCUAUUUUGGCUGGUGUGAUCACAAGAUCGUACUACAUUUCAGCUAACACACAAGAUGAAACAAGUUACCCCAGUGAGAAGGUAUGCAUGAUGGGUAAAAUCCCAGUUAAGGUUUACGGUGCUGUAAAACAUGGCGAAUUCUUGUUUGCAUCCAAUAAAUUACCGGGAGUCGCUGUUACCGAGAAACAAUUUAAGGCCGACAAUGGAAACCUCCGUCAAAAGCGCCUUCUCGGAUAUUCCAUUGAAGAGAGUACUUCGAGCGAGGUAAAAAUGGUGGAUUGUAUUGUGUCCAUCUUGCUUUCGAUAAGUAAUGAUCAAAUCGAGAACAUCCUCGCCAAACUGGAAGAAAAGAUGGCCGAGGAUUUUGAAAGGAAAAUGGACGAGUUUCGUGAUGACGUCGACAUCCAAAUGGAGGGCAUGGCGCAGAUCGUCUCGAACACGCGUGACUAUGUUGCACAUAAAGGAAAAGAGAUCUCUCGAAGAAAUUAUCGGGUGCUAAUAGGCAUUUUUCUAUUUUUCGUCUUUGGUGCACUGUGCUCAUAUUUCUUUCUAUCUCCUGGCUCGCCCUACGUCAGAUGGGUGUGUCGUCAUGGGUCAUUACCGGGCUCCAUAAAAUUUAAAAUCACAAACAAAAACGACGAGAAACUCACCCGGAUGGAAGGAAUAUUAUUUGACGUAUCCGAUCUGAUGAACAAAAUCGGCAGGAAUUUCCCAUUAAAAAAAUAAUUUUACCGGUUCUUAUUACUACAACUAUCGAAAAUGCAAGCGAAAUAAUCUUCGCAAGGUCCUCGGAUGGUUCAGCAAUCCUCCUGUGUACUCAAGAGCUAAGAUCUUUGCCGCAUCCUGUGAUUGUAAAAAAAUAUUUUAUAUUCAUCAACUUUAUUAUUGGGUGGAAUACAAAGAUAUAAUUGCACAGCAAUGUAUCGGGCAAAAAGAUCCAGUUUGCAAUAUGACUCAAUCGGGUUAACGGCAUGUUACACGGCCUUUUUAUAGAAAGAGAUUAGAAGCAUAGGCACUGUCAUGAGAGUGGGGGGGUGGGGGGGGUCGGAGAGUAAUAAGCUCUUUGUUUUUACAGUAAAAAUCAUAAUAUAGCAUAUGUAAGAUUGAUUUUGGACGCCUUCCCCGCUUAAACCCUGCCAGUGGUAGUUUUUGAAGUACACUGCCUGCUAGACCAUAAGUAAAGUUGCAAAAAGAAGUAUCUUUAUACCACGAUGGUUUGCGGUUGAGCUCGAGAUCAGACGUCAGUAUCCUAUACGCUAUCGCUGAUUUUCAAAUACUUCUGGUUUGACCAGUGUCUCUCUUUUUGUAAAAUAUAAAAAUCACUUUUUACCAA